AUAGUGUAUUCCUAGCCGGAGACGCAGCCCAUACGCACUCGCCCAAAGCCGGCCAGGGAAUGAACGUCUCGAUACAAGAUACAUACAACCUCAUCUGGAAGCUCGGAUCCGUAAUAACAGGAGUGGCACAGCCGACGAUCCUCAAGACGUACGAAAGCGAGCGACAUCCUGUCGCCGAGCAGCUAAUGAAGAUGGAUGCCGAGCUUGUGGAGGCUUACGAGCGAACGGGAGGAUCUAUUAGCCAUGUCAGUCAGAUACGCGAUGAGCACGCGGGGUUCAUGUCGGGUGUUGAGGUGACGUAUCCGGAGAGCUUGCUCUUUGCAUCGAAGAGCGGUCCGGCAAAGGCAAAGCAAAUCACUGUUGGGAUGAGAAUGCGGAGUUGUCCGGUGGUCAACCAUGCCGAUGGAUCCACGGUACAGCUGGCGAAUGUUCUCUCGAGUAACGGGGCGUGGAGGCUGCUUGUCUUCGCCGGCGAUUUGCGACAGGCACAGCAGGUUGACCGUCUGAGGGCAUUCGCUGAUAACUUCCGCAGGCAGCCACUCUUGUCGGGUUCCAGACGGACAGUACCCUUGAGAAAUGGGCAAAUGACCCUCGAGGUGAUCUUGAUCCAUGCCGGUUCCAGAUCGUCCGCCAACUUCAUGGAUCUGCCAGAGAUCUUCCGUCCGUUCGACGAGAAGCUGGGCUGGGAUUACGGCAAGGUAUUUGCGGACGACGAUUCCUACGGUCAAGGCAGCGGUCAUGCUUACCGCGAGUAUGGAAUCCCCGAGGACACUGAUUGUCUCGUGCUUGUCCGCCCAGAUCAGCACGUAGCAAUGGUGGUAGCUAUGGGCGAAGAGGCGCAGCUGGAGAGCUACAUAUCUAGAUGGCAUGUGAGGAACUCGGUAGAUAAUUAAUAAUUACGCUGUAUUAGAGCUAUAGAGCUAUCUAUGGUUAUCUUUCUCCGUCAUCGUCAAAACUCAUUUGCUGGUUAAGUAUAUUAGGUC